CCUUGUCCAAUCAGAAGUUCACAAAUUUGGGACCUCUGUUUGUGAUCUCCUUAGUCCCUCUGUUUACAGUAAAUCUUUCAUUUUUGUUGCUGCUGAAAGACUCCGAAAAGUAGAAACAAGACGAAUUUGACCGAUUCUACAAUUGGCCGUUUAACGGGGAAGCCCACCGCCCCCCCCCCUCCCGUCACAAAAUGCCGUUGGUGACGAGGAACAUCGAGCCUCGCCAUGUGUGCCGCCAGGUGCUCCCCAGCACCAUCCGCAGUGAGCUGGAGUGUGUCACCAACAUCAGCCUCGCCAACAUCAUACGUCAGCUAGGCAGCCUCAGUAAGUAUGCAGAGGAUGUGUUUGGAGAGCUGUUUGUGCACGCGGGGACGUUUGCUAUCAGGGUGAACUUACUGGGUGAGAGAGUGGACCGUCUACAGGUCAAAGUCACCCAGCUCGACCCUAAAGAGGAGGAGGUCUCUCUGCAGGCCAUCACCCAGAAGAAAGCGUUUCAUAGUAAUCUGACUCAGGACCAGCAGUUAUUCUGUAGACCCUCUUUACCGCUGCCUGUACAGGAGACCUAUCUGACCUGCAACCCUCCUCCACCACUCAACAACCUCAGCCAGUACAGGGACGAUGGGAAGGAUGCCUUGAAGUUCUACACCGACCCGUCUUACUUCUUUGAGCUGUGGAAGGAGAAGAUGCUGCAGGACACCAAGGACAUCAUGAAGGAGAGACGCAAACACAGGAAGGAGAAGAAGGACAAUCAAAAUAUGCGGACUCUGAAUCCCAGAAAGAUCAAGACCAGAAAGGAUGAGUGGGAACGACGCAAGAUGGGGGAAGAGUUUGUGGUACCCAAGAACGACAUGGGAGAAUCUCUUGAGGGUCUGAAUGGCAGUAUUGGUUCAGGAGAAGGCUGUUAUUCCCCUGAUGGUUUAGACCAGAGUACAGGGUCGUACGCCUUCGAUCCCGGCUCCCCCCUCCCUCCCCCCGCUCCCGAUGACUUCCUGCCCCCUCCACCCCCAGACAUGACGUAUGACGGACAGUACGGAGCACCAUCCCAGAAGCGCACCAGCGUUCUGAGCCCCACACACCCUCCUCCAGCCCCUCCCAUGACCUCUUCUGCUUCCAGUGGCUCCCGGCCCAACCUGGCCCCUCCCCCUGCACCACCUCCCCCUCCCCCCUCUGGCUUGGGGAUCCCUCCCCCUCCCCCUCUGGAUUUGACUCCUCCCCCUGCUCCCCCUCCUCUCUUCUCCUCUGCCUAUCCCUCCCCCUGCCCCACCUUCUCCUCUCUCCCAGACCACCAUCUCUGUACCUCCUCCCCCUCUCUCCCCCAGGGUGGUGGCGCACCUCCUCCUCCUCCUCCUCCCCCGCCUCCUCCAGGCCCUCCUCCCCCCUCUUCUCCUCCCCCUCCCUCCUUCUCCAUUGGGGCUCCCCCUCCUCUCAAGCCCACCCAGGUUCAGCCAGAAGCCCCCGUUGACGCUCACAAUGACUUGCUGUCAGCUAUCCGGCAAGGUUUUAACCUUCGUAAAGUGGAGGAACAGAAAGAGCAGGAGAAGAAGGAUAACUAUGGCAACGAUGUAGCGGCCAUCUUGUCUCGCCGUAUUGCUGUGGAGUGCAGCGACAGCGAAGACGACUCCUCGGAGUUGGACGAUGACGAUUGGUCCGAGUGAGGCCUCCUUCACCACCACCAACCAUCAUGGUCUUCCUCAGUCCUCCUCAAGAGAGAAUGCAUCAUGUCCUUUUGCCAUUUCUUCUUUAUAACCAAUGAUCUGAGGAGUAGAGGGCCAAAGACAAGUGUGUCCUCUUCCACACUCAUGUCUAAACCAGUCACAUUCCCCCCGUGUGCCAGUCACAUUCCCCCCGUGUGCCAGUCACAUUCCCCCCGUGUGCCAGUCACAUUCCCCCCGUGUGCCAGUCACAUUCCCCCCGUGUGCCAGUCACAUUCCCCCCGUGUGCCAGUCACAUUCCCCCGUGUGCCAGUCACAUUCCCCCCGUGUGCCAGUCCCAUCCCCCCCGUGUGCCAGUCCCAUCCCCCGUGUGCCAGUCCCAUCCCCCGUGUGCCAGUCCCAUCCCCCCGUGUGCCAGUCACAUUCCCCCCGUGU